GAGCAAUAUUUUUUCUCUGUUCUCCUGUGCUCAUUCGCUUGGCUUGACGUUAAAUAUCGCAGGAAGCUCCCCCGAAGAUGACACCAAUACUUCUCAGAAAACAUUUUUGAUUUCUUACGUCCACAAUCCCGACUGUUAUGGCUCAAAUGUCGUCCUCGAAUUCAACAUCUGCUCAGACGAGUCAGGGGCGAGCAGGACGUCGUCGGAAGAGGCCGCAUCCUCCCGUUUAUGGUGGAAUUAUGAACUCUUUCAGCGAUAAAAAUAGCGAUUUCGUUUGUCCGAUCUGUUUUGACACCAUCGAUGAAGCUUUCAUGACAAAAUGUGGACAUACCUUUUGUUAUCAGUGCAUCACAAGGAGUUUGGAGGAAAGCAAUCGCUGUCCUAAAUGUAACUACAUCAUAGACAAGCCAGAUCAAAUCUUUCCUAACUUUCUAUUAAAUGAAUUGGUACAAAAAGUUAAAGAAAGAACCGGACAAAAAAAGAGCAAGAUGGUUCUGGAGUCUCAGCUACAUGAGGCAGGAAGUGGACUGCAGGAACUUUUGGCAGGACAACAUGAAUGGGACUUAGCGGAUGUCAAUUAUUUGCUGGAAGUUUUGACACUGAAGAAACAAAUGCUAGAAGCAGAUAGCCAAGCAAUACAACAUGAGUUGCUGAAAGAUUUCCUCUCACAAGUAAAGAGACACAAGCAAGAGCAACUUGAUCAGCUUACCCGAGAAGUCAAACUAAUUGAUGAAGACAUGAAGAGAGUUUCAGAAAUGAUAGCAAGUCACAACAGGCAAUAUUCAAAACCAGCUCCCUUAACUCUCCUCCCUGGUGCUGAGAGACUUAUGGCUGGUGAAGUGGAUCAUGCUGUACCUACCACACCGACAGCUAAAAAUGCCCCAGUGGCAGUGGGUUCAGAUAUGGAACCUUCAACUAGUCAUGAUGAAUCAUGCGAUCAAACAGAGGGGGCUCAAGAUGGGUUUAAUGGAAGCCAGCACGGAGCAAAACACCUUUGGUGCAGCACCAGUUUAGCGUCAAGAAGGAAAAGAAUUCACCAACACUUUGAUGAUCUAGAGAGAUGCUACUUUUCCAUUAGGCAGGGAGAUUUACCAAGUGAUGCGGGAACCUCAGAUGCCCUGGAUUAUUUCACAGAAAGUCUAGCCAAGUUUACAAAGUUCAGUGGUUUUCGUUGCCUGGCAACACUAAGUUAUGCCACUGACAUCUAUAGUAGCUCAAGCAUAGUAUCAAGCAUUGAAUUUGACCGUGAUUUUGACUACUUUGCCAUUGCUGGGGUUACAAAGAAAAUCAAGGUGUUUGAGUAUGGAAUGGUGAUAAGAGAUGUGGUGGAUAUUCAUUGUCCUGUGAAUGAAAUGGUGUGCAAUUCCAAAAUCAGUUCGAUCUGUUGGAGCUCGUAUCACAAAGGUUUACUUGCCAGCAGUGAUUAUGAAGGCACAGUGACUCUGUGGGAUGCUUUCACUGGAUCAAAGACCAGAUCUUUUCAGAAAGUAGAUGUCACCUAUCCUUCGGUUCUGCAGAUCACUGCGUCCAUUAUUAUGAUCUACGAAACACAACCAAGCCAAUAACAGUCUUCAAAGGCCAUAGGAAGGCUGUAUCAUAUACAAAAUUUAUCAACACAGAAGAAAUUGUCUCUGCGAGAAAGAUAAGAAAGAAGACGAUGCGAAUGAAUUUGUGAGCGCGGUUUGCUGGAGAACCGGAUCCAAUGUAGUUGUAGCCGCAAAUAGUCAAGGAACAAUUAAGGUUCUUGAACUGGUUUGAGUUGGACUUCAUAGAAGUUGUAGCCCUGUAUAUAUUUUGCUUAGUCAGAAGCUCAGUUGUGCUGAAGGCUUAUGUUACGUCGUAGUUGAAGUGUGGAAUAUAUGUACAAAGUAUAGACAGCAUAGUUUACAAACUAUUCAGCUCGCUACAAAGCUAUUUACGUCAUAAUAAAAAAUAUCUGCAUGCUAAAAAAAAUUCGAGGAACAAAAACAAUCAAAAUUAUUUUGCCUUACGAAACGACUCGGUGACUUCGGUGUAAUUUAGUCGACAG